CCGCGAUUUACAAUGUUCACAACUCGAACAUGUGUUCGGUUCGGUUGACCCUGACCCGGCUUGUGUCGGCCGGACAAGGAACGCACACGCCCCACCUCAUCUUCGGAUCCCACCCUGCCGAGAGUGCGAGCCGAUGGACCGAAGUUCGGUCACUUUGUUUGAGAGGCGACUCGAUACACGCAAGUGUUCACGUUGAAUCUUGAUUGAAUUCCAAUUUUCUUGAUGUGCUUGCAUUUUUACGGAGUAUUACACGAAGUGCAUGACAUCGUUAGACUUCCAGGGAGAAAAACAACCCCACGAUGCCCUCCCUCCUCCCACCGGCGCAAGUGAGGCUCGCCGGGAGAGUCUUCCAAUGCCGCCGUGUUUCCAGAGGCUCACCACCUUCGGUCUCACCCUCACCACGCCUCUAUCCGCACCGGCCAUUCUCGGUCUCCUCAGCCCGUCCCAGCGCCACACCAACAACAACAACCUCAGAUAACAGCGCUGCCAAGCCCCCGCCGCUCCCGCCGUCCCGCUGGAUCACCGAGCUGCGCACGCGCGUCGGCAAAUGCCUCCUCUUCGGCUGCAACAGCCAGCAGAUCUCGCAGGCGGCGGGGGUCAUGCGCGCGCUGGCGACCGAGUGGAGAGAGCUACUGGCGGGCAGCGAGGGGUUCCUGACGGGCGGGCGGCGUGGGCUGGACGGGAGGGAGAUUGUUUGGGGCGAGAUGGAUACGUUUGGGCAUGUCAAUAAUGUGAACUACUACCGCUACGCCGAGUCGGCGCGCGUGAACUGGAUCACCAACUUCGCUGUGCACGUUGACCCGGCGCAUCGCGAGCAGUGGAGGGAGCUGAUGUCGCCCAGGGCCACGGGGUUAAUUAUGCGCAGUUUGAAGGCAGACUUCAAGUUUCCCAUGGUCUACCCCGACAAGAUCUCGGUGUACCACAAGCUGCGGGCGAAGCCCGAAGGGGACCCCGCCCCAAGCUCCUUCUUCCUCGACUGCAUCGUCCUGUCACACCAGCACAGGAGGGUGUCCUGCCGGCUGGAGGAGGAUAUAGUCAUCUACGAUUACAAGGCUGGCGGCAAGACCAGCAUGCCGAGCUUCAUGGUAGAGCUGUUCGACCAGACGUGGAAGCUGCAAGAACAGGAGACGCUGAGGGCGAGGACGCGGAUAUGGGAUUUGAUCCGGGCUGUUGAGAGGCUGGAGAAGGAAACAUGGACAAGGACGAAACUCACAUUGUCGGUAGGGGACCGUCCGGACGCCGUCGAGGAUAUGGGGGGCUCAAAGGACAGUAGCAACACAUGA